GAAAAUUCGUGAUUUUUUACUUUAAAUAAUAGUAUUAAAUAUGUUAUUUUUAUUCCAUACAUUUAUUUAUGCUUCUUGUUAUUUUAUUUGUGUCCACACAAAUAGUACAAAGAGGAGGGCUGAUGAUUACUACUUAAAUUAUGAUUACGAGAUAACGAACAACACGAUUAACAUAGAACUAAAGCCGGACUCUUUGAUUUUACCAAAUCCAGAGAACAUUGAUUCAAAAUACACAGUCGAUGUGCUUCCAAAUAUAGAAUUACCGGAUGACUCCUUAGCAGACACCGAUUUAAAAGACCACGACUUCAUUGACAAUAUUAUGUAUGUGUAUUAUGGAUCCCACAACAGAAACUCCGGGAGUUACGGUCCAGAAAUAAUAAUAAUAGGAUCCGUUUUAAGUUGUGCCGCACAAUUAUUGACUAUUUUCUGUGUUUUACUAAAGAAAAACAUUAAUGGGAAGAAAGAAAUGAAACUGAUGUUUUUACAUCUGGUGUGUUGCUUCUGCAUAUCAAACUUGUUAUUUAUGUUGGGGGUUUACGCCACCAAAAGCAUCCCCAAGUGUUUAAUUAUUUCCCUAACUUUACAUUACCUUCACAUGCUCACUGCAAUUUGGUUGUUUUUGUAUUGCUAUUACAUUUACAAAAGAGUUUCAACAUGUAAAUCUGUUGACAUAAAAUAUUAUACAUUGAUUGCCUAUUGUACCCCAAUAGGUUUGACAUUGAUUUCUUAUUUAAUUGCCCCACACAGCUACGAAUACCGAAGGUUCUGCUUCAUUUCAGUUCAAAAAGGAAUGAUUUUAAAUUACAUGCUGCCCGUCUCGGUGUUAAUAAUUCUUACCACAAUCUACUCGUUAAGCGGUUUAAGACAAAUCAACAUGGAGCUAUCAAAACUAGAAUUUAACAGUUCAGCUGAAUCUUUAAGCGCCUUAAGAAAUGAAUUAGAUAUAUUAAACGACAAGCGACAGGAUUGUGUGGAUGGGGAGGUCAUCAGUCUGCGUGAAUCGAAGUCAACUCUCAAAUUAUUGUGCGUCAUACAAACAGGAUAUGAUAUUGUUUGGUUUAUAGUAGUUUUGGCGUUAGAAAACGUUAAUGAUAAUUGUAGUAUGUCGAUUGUCUAUGCUAUUUCUUCGUGUAUAUUGAACUGGUACAUAUUUAUUAAAGCAAAGUCCUUCUUUCCGACAAUAAAUACAAGAUGUGGCAUCAUGGAUGAAGUGAUCAGCGCUGAAUCAAACAACAUAACCGAAACAACCACCGUCAGUUUAUCCAGACGUGGAUCCUCUGAUAGUAUUCCGUUAUUAAAUUCUGAAACUUGUACAGAGUUGAAAGAGUUACGUUCAGAUUACAUAAGUACAAUUAGCAGUUAAACUAUGGAUAUAUGUAUUUAAAGUUGUUCUGAUCUCAUUUCUCAUAGACUUAAAUUUAAAUAUCAGCCGUGUUUAAAGGGAAUUUAAACGGUUAAUAUGGCAUCUGCCUAUUUCAGUAUUAUUAGAUUGUAAGGUUUUCUCAUAUUCUAAAUUAUAAAUACUUCUAGUAUGUUAAAUAAAUGCGUUAAACAAU